GACCGACUGUCGAUCAUGUUUUCAUUUUGUUCGUCGUCUGCUUACACCUCUGACAACGUGACACAUGUUCUUGAAUUUGCAAGCAUGAGUUUGUUUUCGACAGUAGUGGAAACUCUCUUUAAUAAUUGGACUGCACUGCAGCUUGCAGUGGAGCACCAGUUGGGUGGAACACAGAGCAGAGAAAUAGCAAAAUGGAUGACAAUGUUUUGGUUCAGGAAGUUGCAGAGUACAUGGAAGAUCUUAUGAAUAAUGAAUUCAACACUUUGUGUGAAGAUGGCAGUCUCGAAGAAAUGGGGGAGAGCUUGUGUAAAUACUUCCAGUUAAUCAAGGAUGGAAAAGAAGAAGAGGUCAUUUUAGAAUUAAAGAAAUUUAAAGGCAGCUCUGUUCAUCUCUCCAAAACUGCCUCAAAUCAUGACAGUUCUACUUUGAAGGAAGACAAUGAUCUUGAAGGCUCUUUGCAAAAUCAAAGAGAAGAUUUGGAUACCUCAAGGAAAUCAACUAGAAAUGAGCCUGAUGAAGAUGGUUGGGUAACAGUAUCAAAGGGUAAAAAACACUGAAAAUUUGAUCAGUGUACUGUAAAGAUUCAGACUUAAUCUGAACUUAAUACAAUACUUAAAUGUA